AUGGCUUCAACAACUAUACUAAAUGAUGAUGAUGAUGAAUUAAUAUCUACACAUGAAACUGCACCUUUAAUUAUACAAACUCAAGGAGCUUCUUUACCAUCGGAAUAUGCUAGAACAAGACAUUCGGCUUGUUGGGAUUUUCCUGGUCGUUGGGGUGAAGUAACUCGUAUUGAUCUUUCUGCUUGUCCUACGAAUUCAACACCAGUAUCAACCGUACUCAAUGAAGUAUAUGUUUCUACAACAUCAAUAGAUUCUGAAAUAACUUGUAAAGAUCGUAUUCGUAAUUUAAUUCAUCGUAAAAAAGAUAUUGAUAAAAGUCACAAAUUGUUGGGUGAAUGGCAUGCAACAGCUAUUGCUGGUAAUGAUAUUUCUUCAUCAUGUCUUUAUACUGCAGGAAUAUGUGCACAAAAAGCUGGUCAAUAUUCAUUUAUUUCCUUAUAUCUAGUAGCUUUUGUUCUUUAUUUAUUUCGUAAUAUUUAUGCUGAAGUUGGUCUUGCUCUUCCGUUAAAUGGUGGUGCAUAUAAUGUUUUACUUAAUUGUACAUCAAAAUUAAUUGCAUCGGUUGCAGCUUGUUUAACAUUAGUUUCAUAUAUAGCUACAGCUGUUGUAUCAGCUAGUUCAGCUAUUGCUUAUGGACAAAAUUUAUGGUCUGGACUUGAUCCAUCAUGGGCAGUUAUGGCUUUAUUAGGAUUCUUUUGUUUAUUAACAUUAUUAGGUUUGAAAGAAUCAGCAAAUGUUGCUUUAGUUAUAUUUGCUAUACAUGUUGGUGCAAUGACAUUACUUUUAAUAAUGUGUUUAAUAAAAAUAAUGCGAUCAUAUGAUUCAAUAGCUAUGUUUGUAGAAAAUUGGCAAACAAAACCUUUAAGUAAUGUUCCUGAAAGUAUUUUUUAUGGAUUUGCAUUAGCCUUAUUAGGUGUUAGUGGUUUUGAAACUUCAUCUAAUUAUAUUGAAGAACAAAAUGUUGGAGUUUUUCCAAAAACAUUAAGAAAUAUGUGGUAUGUGGUUUCGUUAUUCAAUCCAUUAUUUUCAUUAUUGUCUUUAUUCAUAAUGCCACUUUCUGUAAUUCUUCAACAUCGUGAUGAUCUUUUAGCUGCUAUGGGUGAGGCAACACUUCAAACAGGUUCUUCAUUAUGGCUUCCAAAAUUAAUUUCAGCUGAUGCAUUACUUGUUCUAUCAGGUGCUGUAUUAACAUCAUAUGUUGGUAUAACUGGUUUAAUACGUCGUAUGAGUUAUGAUCGAUGUUUACCAAUAUUUUUAUCAUAUACAAAUCGAUGGCGUGAUACAAAUCAUUUUAUAAUAAUUGGCUUUUUUCUUGUUACAAGUUUACUUCAUUUUAUUGUUCGUGGUAAUUUAGAAAGUCUUGCUGGUGUAUAUUCAAUAUCAUUUUUAAGUGUUAUGUCUUUAUUUGCUGUUGGUAAUAUGAUAUUAAAAUAUAAACGUUCAACAUUACGACGAAAAAUUUAUGCAUCUUGGCCACAUGUUAUAUUAGGAUUUUUACUUGUUUUAAUUGGUCUUAUUGGUGAAAUAACACUUAAUUUAAUUCAUAUAAAAUUUUUUCUUUUAUAUUUUGGUAUAACAUUUUUUAUUGUUAUGUUAAUGUUUUCAAGAAAUCGUGUUUUAAAAUUUUUUAUUUAUUUUGGUGGACCAAAAUAUUGGUUAGAAAUGCUUAAUCGACAAUAUAAAAAAAUUGAAGAUCGUCCAAUGUUAUUUUUUACACGAACAGAUGAUCCAUCUGUUUUAAAUAAAGCUAUAUUAUACGUACGAGAUAAUGAAUUAACACAUCUUUUAAAAAUAUGUCAUGUCUAUGAAAAUGAACAACAAAUUCCACCUAUGUUAGAAAUGAAUAUUAGAUUUCUUGAUAGACAAUAUCCAAAACUUUGUCUUGAUUUGAUACUUGUUAAAGGUCGAUUUGAUCCACCAACAGUCAAAUUACUUAGUGAACGACUUGACAUUCCAACAAAUUUUAUGUUUAUAACAUGUCCAGCUGGUAAUUUUUCUCAUCAUCUUGCUGAAAUGGGUGGUAUUAGACUUAUUACUCAUUCGUAA